CGAGUACAUCGAAUUCCAUCCCGGCAAUACAUCAUCGAGUUUUAGAGCAAGAUGUCUAACGCAGAAAAAAAAAAUACAAGAAAGCCAGAGUUCAGUGGUGGGAUCACCGAACCAUGCACAUCUUAUGCCCAUGGUGCGACGGAAUCCAUCAGCAUGGCUUUGAAGGGAACUAUGACCAACGCCAUAUACAUGUGUGUCAUUGUGCUUCAGUGGACAGCGACAGUACCCAAGUAUUUGAGUACGAGAUACGAUUCCUACUUGGUACAGCAUCAACGCUUCGGUACGAAAUCGAUAAGGAAAAUUUUCGGUUCGUAGCAGGCGGGGCUCGUCUGCCUGUCGAAGGCAUCUCCGAUAACGAGGCAGAAGAUUUGAGGGUUAGUUUUAAGAUAGUGUCGAGGCGAAACUAAAGUGGGUAGAGGCAGUCGAGACUGAAAUGUUCCUCGAUGACCCGGUUGAGAAAAUAAUUAUUGCAAGAGACAAGAUGGUAAAAGGCGAUAUCGGAUAUAUCCA